GCUUUGGUGCUUAAAUUUUAUUGUUUUUUACUUGCGUUAGUUAUGUCAGAAGAAUUAAACAAUAAAGAAACAAACGCUAGCAGUUCGGUCAUUAAGAAAAAAAACAAGGUAAAACAAAGAAUUUGUCGCAGUACUCACGGUUUGGUAUCUAAAAUAAAAAAUUUAAAGCUGUUUAACAAAGAUGAAGACAUGGCAUUUUUACGAAGUCAAUCGUGGAGAAGCUGUGAUGAAGGUAGUCUUGGAGAAAACGGAGACAGUAAGUCAAAUUCUGACUGCAAGCUAUACCUUUCAGAUAAAUCUUUAUUGUCGAGUUCUUCAUGUGAAAGUUUAGAUGGUUCCUGUUUGUGGGAAGUUUAUACAUUUCCCGAUGUUAUUUAUCGGGACUCAUUUCAUGAUAAAGUGCUGCAGCCAGCCAAGUUUUCUGUUACUAGUUUGACUAAAAUAUCGACUCCUACAAAAAAGUCUAAGUUAAAGUUAUUUAAAAGUAUAAGAGAUAUUAAAUCUACGCAAAAAAAUGUUUUUAAAGCAAAAGCAUUAGUAAAAAAAGAAAAAAUAACAGAUUACUUUAGUGCGCAAUUAGUCGAAAACUUAACUUCUACAAAAUUAAAAAGACAUAAUUCGAUGAUAGAAACUGUUAAACAGGUAGAGACCACCCCUACAUCCAAAAGACAUUCUUCAAAGAGGUUGUGUGCGACGGAGCCCAGACCAAAGCGAAAGUUAGAUAGUUCUCCUAUUAGAAAACUUUCUGAAAGUACUCCUUUGAAAAGAAUUAAAAACGAUAGAGAUUUUAUUUCAAGUGAUGACGAUAGCCUACCAUUUGGAAGUACUUCUUUUUUUAAUCAUGUCUUAUCAUCAACUGAGAAUUUAUCUACAAACGAUCUUGGAGUUAUACCAAUAAAUUUUACGAAGCGUUGCGUAUCAUGUAAAACCCAUCGAACACCUAAAUGGAGAGAUAUUGAUGAAAACACUCCAUUGUGCAAUAUAUGUGGAAUAAGUUGGAAAAAAAACAGAAUACGAUGCACAGUUUGCUGGUUUGUUCCAUUAGCUGAUUUUGAAACGACUUUACAAUGUUCUAAUUGCAAUAAUUUAAAAACUUUAAAAAAAUUCAACUCAAUGCGCAGGUACAAAAGUAGUGUUUAUUAAAAUCUAUAUAAUUUUUAUCAAAGAUUUUGGCAUUAGUUAAACAAAAUGACCAUUAUUUAUAGAAGUUUUGCGUUUUUCUACUGCUUUCUU